AUGGGUCCCUCCGCGCGCGGUCUCGAGCUCGAUGUCCUCGACCACGACGGCGCAAGAGAGAUCUUUGAAGAGCUCUCGCUCGCCCACCGAACUUGUUUCCCGGGAGAAUCUUCCGACGCCGCCGACCCAGACGCGUUCUUCGCCCGCGCGGCGUGGCUCCAUGAUGAGCGUGAUGCCGUGUGGUUCGUCUUGCGCGAGUCAGAUAGCGGGAACGGGAAGAGACGCGUGGUCGGGUUCGCGUGCGGGUUCGCGUACGCGGACAGUUGGUACGGAGCGCACCUGGGCGUAAUACCAGAGUUUAGGAAACGCGGGUUAGGAUCGUAUUUGAUGCGCGUUUCGCAGGCGCACGCGGGAGAGUUAGGGUUAACGCGCUUACAAGCGAGUGUGGAGAUCGAUCCGAAGAUUGGGAGGGGGCGAUUGUUGAGGUAUUACGAGCGGCACGGCGCGCGCGUGCGAGAGACGGGAUUUGGAAGCGCCGGGAGUGUUCCGGCCAGCGUAGUGAGGAUCGAGAGAGUUUUCACGAGAGAUGGCGCCAAGAGUGAGUUGACUAGCUCGGAGCGAAGCGUUUUCGGCUCUUGUGAGGGGAGGUCUCGAGGGCAUCGGAUCGCGGUGUUGGUGGGCACGAUUUUAGCCGUCUUUGCGACGAUGAACUUGAUAAAGAGAUCGUCGCGCGUCGUUAGAUACUAG